GCCGGAUUUCAAGUAGAAGAUAUUUCGUUCGACCCUAUCGAGGAAAUAGUAGAUGUCCCUAUUGAAAUACAUAACUUUGAUGAAUACGUUGCGUGCGACAGUGACAUUGCUUUAGUGUUCUUACUGGCAGGUACAUCAACUGGUGAAAUCGAUGCCUUUGCACAUGAUCAGAUAAUUUCUGUAGGAGGCUACCCAUCCCCUUUUCGUUAUGCUGGAUUUCCAAAAUCUGUAUGCACGUCAGUUAACAAUGUGGCUUGCCAUGGAAUUCCCAACGAAAGACGAUUGGUCGAUGGAGACAUAAUAAAUGUUGACAUUACCGUAUAUUUGAAUGGCUGUCAUGGAGAUUGCUCUAAAACAUUUCUUGUAGGAAAUGUUGACGAUUUGGGUGUAUAUUUGGUAAAGUCAGCAGAGGAAUGUGUACAGCAUUGCAUUACUAUAUGUAAACCUGGAACCCCUUUUAAUGCAAUCGGCAGAUAUAUAACAGAUUUCUGCAAUAUAAAAAAAUGUAAUGUGAUACAAGCAUUUGCUGGCCAUGGACUUGGGAAAUCAUUUCAUGAACCACCGGAAAUAUUGCAUUAUUAUAAUUCUGAACCUGGCUUUAUGCGUACAGGAAUGGUAUUUACAAUUGAGCCCAUACUUAGUCUUGGUAAGCCCAACGUGUAUGUAAUGGAAGAUGGCUGGACCGCAGUUUCUGUCGAUGGUAUGCGAAGCGCACAAUUUGAACAUACUAUUCUCAUAACAAAAAAUGGGAGUGAGGCGUUGACAGAAAUAAAUUAGUUACAAACGAGAUAAAGAUUAAAGAUUUAUCACUCUUAUCCAAAUAUAUAAGUGGCUAAAGCCUCGAUAUUAAUCAUGGAA